AUGCGCUCAAUGUCUCGGCACCAGCUGCACGAUAGCGGGUGCACAAUUGUGUUGGCGAGUAGUAUUAAGGCGUCUUGGUCACGGCAGGUGAUCGCGCGCUACAUAUAUCAUCCAAAUAAUAUUGGUGAAUACGACAGCGGCGGCGGCCAGUGGGACGAUGGCGAAAGCGUUAAUGACUGGCCCGUUGUGCAUAGGCCUGAGCCCAGGCUAGCGGGCAACUAUUCUCGGCAGCUAGCGUAG